CCAAACAAACUCAGUGAAUUUUAAGAGGAUUCAAUCAAAAGUGACGAGGGGAGUGAUGGAUGAGAAAAUUCUCCUUUCAUCCUCUAAGUCAGAGCCUGAGACAAGCUGCUACCAUAUGCGACUUACUGUAUCUGGUUCCAUACUUUGUCUGGUAUCAUAGAAAUCAUAGAAGUGCAGCUGAGGUUUUGAUCUGUGUUUGGGAGAAUGGAUUUCACUAAAAUGAAUAGGAUGGAACUGACUGUGGUUGGAUCUGGGAUGUGUACUCUGCUCACAAUGCAUUUGACUAUACAACUCUUGUCCCAACACCUCUUUUACUGGAAGAACCCUAAGGAACAGAAGGCAAUUAUUGUAAUCGUACUUAUGGCUUCCAUUUAUGCUGUUAAUUCGUUUGUGGGGUUGUUGGAUAUUAAGGGAAGCAAAGAGUUUUUCAUGUUUCUUGACUCAAUUAAGGAAUGCUAUGAGGCUCUGGCGAUUGCUAAGUUUUUGGCGUUGCUGUAUAGCUACUUGAACAUAUCCAUCAGCAAGAACAUAGUCCCGGAUGAGAUCAAAGGGAGGGAGAUUCACCAUUCAUUUCCAAUGACUUUAUUUCAGCCUCGAACCACUCGUUUGGACCAUAAUACAUUGAAGCUUCUUAAGUACUGGACAUGGCAAUUUGUUAUCAUCCGCCCCAUCAGCUCCAUCUCAAUGAUAACGUUACAGAUUCUAGGGUUCUAUCCAAGUUGGCUGAGCUGGGCAUUCACGAUCAUACUCAACUUUUCAUUUUAUGUUGCGAUGUAUUCAUUGCUUGCUUUCUAUCACGUCUUCUCAAAGGAGCUUCAACCACACAAACCGCUUUCCAAGUUUCUCUGCAUCAAGGGGAUAGUAUUCUUCUCAUUUUGGCAGGGCAUCUUGCUUGACAUUCUUGUUGCAACGGGCAUAAUUAAAUCCCAGCAUUUCUGGUUGGACGUAGAGCAUAUUCAGGAAGCCAUUCAAAAUGUCUUAAUUUGUGUUGAGAUGGUUUUCUUUGGCGUAAUGCAGCAAUACGCAUUCCAUGUUGCCCCCUACAGUGGUGACGUGGAAGCAAGACUGAAACUGAAAAAGCGUGAAUAGCUUGUUCCCAAUUACCACAUUUACAUACUGUGACUCUUCAUCAGAGAUAUGUUUGUUGUUAUACUGGCCAAUUUGCUCAGGUACCCUUAACAUUCCAGACAACCAAAGAAAAUGCUGGAAUGCCGUACAACAAUCGAAAAAACAAGGGGCAUUUGAGUGACUUCAAAGGUUGUCACAUGUUGGGUAUGUUAACAUUUUGUUGUUUGAUGUCAGGUGCCUUUUCAAAUCUCCUUUUAGUUUGUAUUAUGCAUUACAUUAGUGUAUCAGUUGCAUUGUGUAUCAUAAAUUUUUCAUAAUGCAAGAUAAAGUGCACUCUAUCUG